UGUGCAUUUUUAUAAGCUGUAACAUUUUAUGCAGGCUGGCUACCCAGCCUCCAUCUUUCUUUUGCGUCUGUCCGCUUCCGUUGACAGAUUCUUUUUAGGUAAAAUCCUCUGAAAAUGAAGGCUAAAGGAGAGUUGAAGGAAUAUGAAGUCAUUGGGCGAAAGCUGCCCUCUGAGAGUGAGCCGAAGACGCCACUGUAUAAAAUGAGGAUCUUCUCUCCAGACCCAAUUGUGGCCAAGUCUCGCUUCUGGUACUUCCUGCGUCAGCUGAAGAAGUUCAAGAAGACCACUGGAGAAAUUGUCUCCAUCAAGGAAAUCCCAGAGAAGACCCCAGUCAAGAUCAAGAACUUCGGUAUCUGGCUGCGCUACGAGUCCCGGUCGGGCGUGCACAACAUGUACCGCGAGUACCGCGACCUCAGCGUCGGCGGCGCCGUCACAACCUGCUACCGCGACAUGGGCGCUCGCCACAGGGCCCGCGCUCACUCCAUCCAGAUCAUUAAAGUGGAGGUGAUCAAGGCCGCCGCCUGCCGCCGCCCACAAGUGAAGCAGUUCCACAACAGCGCGAUCCGCUUCCCGCUGCCCAAGCGCGUGCACCACCACAAGCGACUCAACAAGUUCGCCUACAAGAGGCCCAGCACGUACUUCCUGUAAUUUACGCGAUAAUUAUAACCACGUUAACGUGA